AUGAUCACUCUCCUACAUCCAUACAGGAAGGCCGGCCAUCGUUACUCGAGGUGCCAAGUGCCAAGUGCCAAGCCGAGAUUGGCAAAGCUUGUCCCGAUUAAGAAGGCACCCCCAUAUACUGGGCCCACCCGACCGCUGAUCGCCUCCCUUCCGGCCACCAAUGCUGGGAGAUGUGCCAGUUCUGAGGUCAACAUGCAGCGCCAGAUGUGGCGGUCGACAGCCGCCGGCACGGGAACACAAACACGAACAUGGACACCGACAUCGUACCGACAUCGAUACCGCCACCGACAGACUCAGACGUCGUGUCUCAAGCUCAAGCUCAAGCUCAAGUCCAACCUAGUCAAGAUGUUGGGAGCCUCGAUCCUGUUGACCGUGGCCAUCGCGGUCCAGUUCCAGUCCAUCUGGGCCAGCCCGGUCAAGACGAUUGCGGUCAGGACCGCGUAUGCCGUGAAGGAGAAGCACCGGGUGCCCACCAGAUGGACCAAGCUGGCCCGGGCACCGGCCGAUGCCGUGUUGAAGCUGCAGAUUGGGGUGAAGCAGUCGAACUUUGGCGAGUUGGAGCGUCAUCUGAACGAGGUCUCGGACCCAGACCACCAUCGAUAUGGCAAGCAUCUGACCCACGACGAGGUCAACGAGCUGAUCAAACCCUCGGAUGAGUCCCUCCAUCUGCUACACGAGUGGUUGGCAGCCAACGGCAUCGUCUACGUCUCAUACAGCCCGGCCCAGGACUGGAUCAACAUCCAAAUCAACGUCCGCACCGCCGAGCGACUCCUCGAUGCCGAGUAUCACACGUUCAAGCACGAGGAUGGAACCGAGAUCGUCCGUGCUCCGACUUGGUCUCUCCCCGAGCAUCUCCACGGGCACGUCGAUGCGAUUCAACCCACUACCUCCUUCAUGCGCGCCAUGAAGCGCGAGGAAGUGGCCGUCGCGGCUGAGACUAUCCCAUGGCCAUACCCAGGAAUCAACGAGGCCCGUUCCCCAGCGUUGAGAAAGGUCUGCACCAUAAACGGUACCACGCCCGACUGUUUUGCGACCCUGUACCAGACCAAAGGGUACAAGCAAAAGGCUGCUGGCAAGAACCAAAUCGGCUUCAACAACUUCCUCGCGGAGGUACCCAUUCGCCCGGAUACCAAGAAGUUCUUGUCGAUCUAUAAGCCAGAAGCCGUCAGCGGGGCAGACUCCUUCAAGUUCGUCAGCAUCGAUGACGGCCCACAACAAAACGGCUCCUUGACCCCCGCGCAACUCGCCGAUGGUGCUUCGGUCGAGGCCAAUCUCGACGUCCAAACGAUCAUCGGGAUGACCUACCCAAUGCCUGUCACCGCCUACACUACAGGCGGCGAGCCUCCGAUGAUCCCAGACGAGGCCGCGGGAGAUCCUCCUGGAAACGAGCCCUACCUCGCCUGGAUCAACCACGUUCUGGCCCAGGAGACCCUCCCCCAGGUCAUCUCAACCUCCUACGGCGACGACGAGCAGACCGUGCCCCUCGACUACGCCAAGCGAGUCUGCAAUGGCUUCGCCCAGCUCGGCGCCCGCGGCAUCUCGAUGCUCUUCUCCUCCGGCGACGGAGGCGCGGGAAGUAUUGCGGGCAAUAACGCCUCGGCCUGCAUCUCGAACGACGGAGACGCGACGUUCAAAUUCCUCGCCUCCUUCCCCCCCUCCUGCCCCUACGUCACAGCCGUAGGCGCAACCCAAGGUUUCGAGCCCGAGACGUCCUGUUCUCGCCCCGCAAACGGCUACGGCCCCGAUGGCAAGACGCAUGGCUACUACGCGUCGGGCUCCGGCUUCUCUGAGUAUUUCAAGCGGCCCUCCUACCAGGACGCCGUCGUGCCCGCCUACGUCCGGAACAUGCAGGGCGAGCACCGGGGCCUCUUCAACCCGGCGGGCCGGGCCUACCCGGACCUCGCGGCCCAGGGCCUGUACUUCAAGUACGUGUGGAACGACACGGUCAAGAUCGUGUCCGGCACGUCCGCCUCCUGCCCGCUGAUGGCCGGCGUGCUGGGCUUGGUGAACGACGCGCGGAUCAGCAAGGGGAGGACGCCGAUGGGCUUCCUCAACCCCUGGCUGUACAAGAAGGGCUACAAGGCCUUUACGGAUAUCACGACGGGCUACAACGGCGGUUGCAACACCACCGGUUUCCCGACCACCACGGGCUGGGAUGCCGUCACGGGCUUCGGCACCCCGAUCUUUCCCAAGAUGCUGGCGGAAGCUGGGUGCGCGUAG